AUGACGUCUAGGGCCGAGGAGGCCUCGGACCCGCAGCAGGGUGGCAGCGGCGGCGACUACAACUCCUUUGCGGACUAUGUGCGUUUCCUGCGGGCGUGCGCGCCGUACCGGACCAUCAUGCUGGCGGAGACGCUCAGCAUCGCCGGGAACUGGUUCGCGUGGGUCGCCACGCUGUCGGCCGUCACGGCCACGGGGGGCGCCUCCGGCCUGUUGCUGGGGACAGCGCUGGUGAUGAAGUACCUGCCGUCGCUCCUGGCCUUCCCGAUCGCCGGAGCCGCGGCCGACACGUUCAACCGACAGCGCAUCAUGGUGUUGUCGUGCGUGUUCGGGGGCGCGAUGUCGCUGCUGCUCGCGGGCGUCGUCGCGGGCACGGCGACGAUGCAUUCCGUGGACGACACGACUGCGCUGACGUCACAGGAUAGGGACGUGCCGCGGCUGGUGGCGCUCAACGUCCUGGUGUUCCUCUGGGCGCUGUCCUCGGCGUUCUACGAGCCCGCGAGGAGGGCGGUGGUCCCCGCGGUCGUCUCGCCGCGGCAGCUGCCGCUCGCGACGACGCUCGACUCGAUGGUGUGGAGCGUCAUGACCGCGGUGUUCGCAGCAAUCGGUGGCUACAGCCGGGCGUUGCUAGGGCCGUCGCCGUGCUUCUUGAUCGACGCGACGACCUUCGCGCUCAACGGCGUCCUCGUCGCGCGCAUGGACCUCCCGCACAACGCCAUCCUCCCCGCCGACGACGCGCACCACGCCGCCCAGCCUCAACCGGACACCUUCGGCGCCUUCCUGCGCUCGAGCGCGCGCAAGGGCGGCGCCAUGGUCGCCGAGGGCCUCUCCUUCGUCGCGCGCGCGGGCAACAGGGAUGUGCUGGCGAUCGUGCUGGUCAAAGGGUGCGGGUCGCUGGCGUGGGGGGCAGCGGACGUGCUCGGCGCGCGGCUCGCGGAGCUCCCGCAGUACCAAGCGCUCGGCGACGCCCCGGCGACGAUGGGCUGGCUGUUCGCCGCGGUCGGCAUGGGGUGUUUGGUGGGGCCUAUUGUGUUCAACCGCCUGACGCCGGUCCGCGGCGACGCGCUGCUCAAGGGCAUCUGGCAGUCGUUCGCCAUCAUGGCGGGGGGCUACUCCCUCAUGGCGAUGUCUCCGGGCAUCUCGACGCUGAUUGCGGCGACCGUGGCGCGGUCUGCCGGGUCGGCGGUGCUGUGGAACUAUAGCUCGCUGAUCCUGCAGUACCGGGUGGGGCACGAGAUGCUCGGGCGCGUGUUCGCGCUGGAGCUCGCGCUGUCGACGGCGGGCGAGUGCGCUUCGGGGCUGGGGGGGGGGUUGCUGGUGGAUGGUGUGGGCGGCUGGGGGGGUCUCAGCAUCAAGCAGGUCGUGCAGGUCAUGGCAGGUCUGGCGGGCGCGGUAUGCGUUUCGUGGUUGUUGUACUGGCUGCGAUCCUGGCGGUCGUUCUCGCGCCUCGGUCCUGACGCGGAGCCAGCAGCAGCGCGGGAACACGAGCUGGCGCCGCUGGUGAAGGCGCCGGGGCAGGGGCCCGGGAAGGUGCACUGGGACGAGGCGGUGGUGGAGCGGGGGGACGUGGAGGAGGCGGCAAGGGGGGAGGUGCGGCGGAGGUCGUUCGCGGGGUCGGAACGCAGGGUGUCGCGCGAGUCCGAGCUGUGA